AAAAAGUAUAGUCGAAAUCGUUUUAAAAAACAGUUUCAAUUGGGCCGUUCAACAAGCAAGUUAAGCGAAUCUCAUUCAAAAUGACUACCUACUUCAGCUACCCCUCCGCCGAAUUGCAAAAGGAACUUACCCGCAUUGCCCAGGCCAUCGUUGCCCCCGGCAAGGGUAUUCUCGCUGCUGAUGAGUCCGUCUCCACCAUGGGCAAGCGCUUGAAGGACAUCGGUGUUGAAAACACUGAAGACAACCGUCGCGCCUACCGUCAACUUUUGUUCACCGCUGACCCCAAGGUUGCCGAAAACAUUUCUGGUGUUAUCUUGUUCCACGAAACCUUGUACCAAAAGGCUGAUGAUGGUACUCCCUUCGUUGAAUUGUUGAAGAAGCGCGGUAUCAUUCCCGGCAUCAAGGUCGAUAAGGGUGUUGUCCCAUUGAUGGGCUCUGAAGAUGAAUGCACCACCCAAGGUUUGGAUGACUUGGCUGCUCGUUGCGCCCAAUACAAGAAGGACGGUUGCGAUUUCGCCAAGUGGCGUUGCGUCUUGAAGAUCGGCAAGAACACCCCCUCUUACCAAGCCAUCUUGGAGAACGCCAAUGUUUUGGCCCGUUAUGCCUCCAUCUGCCAAUCUCAAGGUAUUGUCCCCAUCGUUGAACCCGAAGUUUUGCCCGAUGGUGAUCACGAUUUGGACCGUGCCCAAAAGGUCACUGAAACCGUCUUGGCUGCCGUCUACAAGGCCUUGAACGAUCACCACGUCUUCUUGGAAGGUACUUUGUUGAAGCCCAACAUGGUCACCCCUGGUCAAUCCUGCCCCAAGAAGAACACACCCCAAGAAGUUGCUUUGGCUACCGUCACCGCUUUGCGCAGAACCGUACCCGCUGCCGUUCCCGGCAUCACCUUCUUGUCUGGUGGUCAAUCUGAAGAAGAAGCUUCCGUUCACUUGAACGCUAUCAACCAAGUUCCUUUGUUGAAGCCAUGGGCUUUGACCUUCUCUUACGGUCGUGCUUUGCAAGCUUCCGUACUUCGCGCCUGGGGCGGCAAGAAGGAAAAUGUUGCUGCUGGUCAAAACGAAUUGAUUAAGCGUGCUAAGGGUAACGGUGAAGCCGCUGUUGGCAAAUAUGUUGCCGGUAGUGUUGUUGGUGCUGGUGCCGAUGCUACUUUGUUCGUUGCCAACCAUGCUUAUUAAGUUAUUGAAGAGUUUGAGAAACGUUAAUUGUUUAUUGCAAUUUAUUUAUUAAGGACAAACAAACAAAGAAAUUACAAAUUUAAAACAGUAAUUAUUAUGAUGAUGAUGAAGACAUUAAGAGAAAACUAUGUUUCUACUAGAACAACAACAAACACCCACAUCAUAAAUAAGCAUAAUUUAGAAGACAACUCUACAACAUCAUUACAUUAUAUAAUUUAUUUAUAUUUUAAUUGUUAAGCACAAAAUAAAUUUAAACAAAAAAAUCAUUAACAAAAAAAUAAUAAAAAAAAAUUAUAAAAAAAUCAACAACAA